GGAGGUGAGGAGCCUCAGAGCCCAGCUCCAGAGCAGUGUCCAGGAGAACAGUGUCCUGAAACAGCUGGAGCUCCACAAACACCUGGAGCAGAAGCUGGGUGGGGGCGUCCACAGCGGGCUGGGGAGCAUUGGGGGGAUGGAGCCCCCUCGUACCCCGUCUCUCAGUGCCCUUACAGACAGCCCCCAGAGGGACAGCCUCUACAGACGGCAGCUACUACAUGACCCAGCGCCGUCUCCCCCGGUCAGAGACAUUGGGUUGUUUAACUGUGGUUCUCCAUACCACGUCCCCUACACAGAUCUGGUGGAGACCCCGCUCACUGCCAACGAUCUGGACCCCCACUCAGAGCUGCAGGGGGACGCCCCGGACGGCUCGUUCUCUAACCGGAACGGACGCCACGCCAUCGGGCACGUGGACGAUUACAGCGCCCUGCAGCAGCAGGUCCUGGAGGGGAGGAGUCUGGUCCAGAGAAUGGAAACAGUCCUUCAGGCCUGCCUCAGCCAAUCAAUGCUGGUAGACAGCCAGGACCAGGUCCUCCUGGACUAUGGCUGUGUGAGGACUCUGUUGUCUAACACCAAGACCCUGAGACAGAUCCUGGAGGAGGCUGUGUCCCUGCUGAAGAUGUUCUGGAGGGCUGCCCUGCCCAGCACCGACCGCUCCACCCACAACCUUAAGAAGGAGCAAUGUAUGAAGGAGGAGAUUCUGUCUCUGAGGGGGCGUAUCUCAGAGCAGGAGGAGGUUCUCCAGGGAACCGUCCAGAGACUGAGGAGCACCAGCCGCACCAAGGAGAGCAUGGAGCACUUCAUCGUCAACCAGCUAUCAAGGACUCGAGAUGUGCUGAAAAAAGCAAGGACUAACUUGGAGAAGAACGAGCGGAGGAUUUCUUCCCUAAGCUCCUCCUCUUCCUCUCCUUAUGCUGCUGAAGACCGAAGUCCCGGCAAUGAACGGCCUACUGAUUGGAGUUUCUUGAAGCCUGGCGACGCCCCGGCAACGUCAAAUCAGCGUCCAGGAACCAGGAAGCGCAGCAGCCAGUGCCUGUUUUAGGUGAUGACCUGUUAUAGGAACCAGCCAGCCUAACACCACGACCUCUGAACUCUGACGUCACCGCCAGAACAGCCACGACCCCUCCUCCUCCUUGUUGCCUCAUCUCCAGCAUCCAACGUCCCUCCUCAGAUCACUCCAUGCUUCUUUCUCUCCUCCACUUCUCUCCUGCCGGCAAUUUGUGCCCAAUGCUCCUGCCUCCUACACCUUGGGCCUUACCUGAACUCUUACUCCUUUAGUGUCAUUCCUCCACCCUCCUUUUGACUGUUCUCUUUCCCCCACCUCCACCCUUGUUCUUCUGUUGGAGUCUUUGAGCUCCAGAGAUGGUUGGUCCAGUCUGAUGAUUACCUUGUUGUGAGCGUGAAGAAGAAGGUGGUUUGAAACGUGCCUCUGAUGGUAACAGUAAUGUGCGCCCUUGACUGCUGUAGAAGGAGUAGGGUGAAGCUGCCCCUAGACAUUGAGCUAAGGUCAGAUUUGCCUUUUCCCCAAUGGUAAAAGUUAUGGGAUUUGGGGAAGGUAGGCUGAUCCUAGAUCUGUAGCUAAGGGAAGCUUCUACAUGGAGCAUAGUAGAUUGUGCUCUUCUGCCUGGCAGCUUUUGGACGGGAUAAGUGUCAAUGCAUGUGAACUCAUGGCUUGAGAAAGGAAAUGUAUAGUAUUCAAACAGUACGGUACCCAUAUAAAUAUAAUAGGCUUGGAACCUCUAACCCUGGCAAUAGGGACGCCCAUUCUAUUCAUUCUAUUUCUGUGACAGUACCCGCGUCACACACAUACGUUCACAGACAUACAUGAACAAUCCAUUUCUUUCAAAACAAAUAUUCAACUUUCACUGCCACAGAAAUGCUAACUUUAUCCUCGUGGCAUUUCAUCAAUGAGGACUUUCUUUGCAAGUACAAUGCAAAAAAGUUGAAUAACAUCCACAAUCUCACUAGAUCUGCUGGAAUCACAGUGGAGGAAUGUAUAGGUGUAACACUUCUAGGUAAUUGUUUGCUAUAUUUAUAUGUGGAGGAUGAAGCCUGUGGAUGGUCUGUCUGCCAUUAGCCAAGGGUUCUGGAUAGCAGAACAAAGGCCCAGUUCCAUUUCAAUCACUAGCCACUUCCCCUCGCUCCUACUCCAUCGGUAUUCACAGAUCUGAAUAGACUGGAUAGGUGAAAGCAGUAUGUUGAUGGCUUCACCUAGUCCUCCGAUAAGUUAAGUUGAGCUUCCACUAUGUUGCUUUUAUCUAUCCAGUCCUGGCUGAUCUAACGCUGACAGGGUAAAGGCUGAAAGAAGGGGCUAGGGGCUGAAAUGGACAGAGGCCAAACAUGCGUAUUUAAGCUCCUCUUUAGGAGUCCUCAGACGAGCAUGUGCAAUAAUUACGUUGUUUAUUGAAUGAUCAUGGCGCACCAGCUUUUUGGUUUUUUGCCUGACACUGGAACUAAAGUAUUUAACCACUCUUGAUAAGUGAAAAAGACCGUUGGUGCAAUAUUAUACUAAUAACUAUCUUCUACUAACUUAGGAAUACUACUGACUGAAACAAAGUUAAGUUUUUAUGCAGUGUUGAUGCAUGAAAGAGGUUUUAAAAGGAAAAAUCUAAACAUUUGUUUGUGGAACAUGGGAUCACCAAUACUUGCCAAAGUUUGAACUUUGAACUCUUCACGUCCUUGUUUGCCUUACCCAUGCGAAUGACAUACUGUAGGAGUGGUGUGACUAUAGGAAGUCAUCAUCAGCCCAGUAUAUGAGAUCAUUUAUGACAUCAUGAUGGAGAUAUUUAAUUGGCUGCUCUUUGAGAGCCAUUCGAACCAGAGAGACGGUAACCGUUAGAUUAUAAAUGUGCUUUAUAACGAGCACAUCUUGUCAUAAAUGGACCAAACAUUUCUAAAAGUGAAUCUUUCACACUAGGCUUCUAUUGCUUUGUGAAUUCCCAAAACUUAAAUUGUGCUCAUGUGAGAGAUGUAACACUAAAACAGAGAAUACUAUUGUGAUUGUUACAUUUCCAUUGGACUUUUUGUCUCGGGUAAGACCUUCAUUGCAUUCCCAUGGUGUUGUUGGCUAAAUGUUCUGUGUCCUUUUAGGUGUUACAAACUUUGGCAGGCUACUGGUGGGACCAAUGUUCUAGAUUUCACCAUUGGUGAUGUCACACCCAAAGGUGUUUCUUCCUAUGCUGCUUUUGAUUGUGUUGUAUGUUCUUGCUGUACAUUUGGCAAUUAUCACGCUGUAAAUGACUUGCUUUUUCACUGUAUUCUGUUGGCUGACCUUUUGGUGUGUGGAUAAUCAUGUCAGACAUUUGCUCUGUAUGCAAACGUUGAAUAUCUGGGUAGCUGUGCAAUAGCUCUACACUAUAUCUAUUUUAUUUUGAUGUUACACAUCAUUAUAUUAACAAUAUUUUUGCUUUCUCAAGUGUUUAUUUUCCUACUCUGUAUGGUUUAUUCGUUUCGUUUUUUAGAUUAUGCCAGAUUGUAAUAAAAUAGCCACAUGUCUAUUAUGAAAUCACAAAGAUCUGCCUUUUCUUAGGCUAUAAUGGGAACCAGUAUUAUUACUUACACACCCACCUAUAAUUAACCUUCGGAUGCUUGCCUUUAAAAGUAGCUUGGCCACUGCAAUUUGCUCCCAACACUUACUUGGAACUCUAUUCGAUCUGGAAAGCUGAAGCGUUACAGAUUCUGCAACAGAAAUGUAAAGGUCAUUUCCAAAUGAUCCAGCAUAUGCAGCGUUUACCGUGAAUGCAGCCUGCGCUAAAGCGGGGAACAUUGCUUUUUAAACAUUUCAAACACGCUGUAAAGCUGAACUUCCGCGAUGUGGAUUGAAUAGAGCCCUUGGCGUUAAUAGCGCUUGGUUUCUAUCCUAGGUAUAUAUCACAGUAGAUCUGCCAACAACGUCUUGUUUGCGCUCCACUCAAUUGAAAAUCCCUAGAGGGGAUUCUAAUAUAACAAACAUUAAUAUAAAAGCCCAUGCUGUGGGGUUCUUUUGGAAAAAUAAAGAUUUGAUGAGAAGAUUCAUAGAAAGAUUAGGGAAGAUGAAUAUUUUAUACCAAAGUAGAAAUAACCAACCAUAGAUGUACAGGAUUAUGUCAGAUUGGAUCAGAGUAGAACUGAACAAGGCCAGAGAGCGUGAACAAGGCCUUUUUAAUGCGCUGUUUAGAACGGAAUCAAACAGAAGUAUUUAGCUCUGUCUAACAGUUGGUCCUGAAACUUAGAUUGAAAUCGAAGAGCAGCUUGGUUGGUCAGGCUCUGUGUUUGAUAAAGUGUGCGCUGAUGAAGCUAACUAGGAUGCCGACACAGAGCUCAUCUAUGAGCUCUGUCUCUGAAGAUGGUCAGUGUGUGUGUGUGUGUGUGUGUGUGUUGUGUUGCCACAGUGUUAUCACAAUGAGGGCUUUUGGGUUCCAAAAAAGAAAUAAAAAUGUAUUUAAAAAAAACUU